UGUAGCUUUGCACCUUUCCUAGAACUCACUUGGCAGUCCAGGCUGGCCUCGAACUCACAGAGAUCCACCUGCCUCUGCCUCCCGAGUGCUGGGAUUAAAGGCAUGAGCCACCACCGCCCGGCUGGCUCCGGGUUUUAUUAUAAGACCAUUUAAGAUUGGGGCAACAGAAGCUGUUGAUUCCCAAAACCCACACAGGCCAAAUACUCACACACACAUAGGAAAGCCUAGCAUGAGUCAGAGUGAGCAAGCCAGUAAGCAGAACUCCUUCAACAUUUGUCUCUGCUACUGCUUGACUUCUUUCCCCGAAUUCCCUUAGUGAUAGGUUAAGACCCGAAAGUGUAAGCCAAAUAAACACCUUCCUUCCCAAGUUGCUUUUGGUCAUGGUGUUUAUUCCAGGAGCAGAAAGUAAACUUGGUCAGUUCUUCUCAUGCAUGCUCUCAUUUUCCUGUGCUCUUACGAUGGACACUAUCUUUCUCCUCUGGGUUUAGGAUUCCUUUUAAGUAUCUUCUGCAUUGCUGACUUAAUAUUAAUUGCUUUAAUUUGUACAACACUUAAAAUGUCUAUUUCUCCACUAAAUAUAAAGACUACUUUGCUGGACACAGCAACUUUGGUUGGCAGUUAUUUUCAUGACUUGAAAUUUGCCAUUCCAUGUUUUCCUGGCUUUCAUAGUUUUGAAUGAGAAGAAGUAUGAUGUUAUUCUGAUGUAUUUGCCUUUGUGAGUUGGCAUUUUUCUUUUGUAUCUUUUAAUAGUGCUUGUUUCCUAGUUUGGGUAUCUUGACUACUAUGUGUCAUGAAGAGGUUCUCCUCUAUUGGAGUUUUAAAUACCUCUUGUGCUUGACUAUCCACUUUUUUCUUACAUUUGGGAAAUUUUCUACUAAAAUUCCAGUGACUAGGUUUUCAUUUUGUGAAGACCAUACUCAUGGUGUCCUUUAUUCCCUCCACCAGUAAGAUACAUUGAUUCCAAUCGCAUCUUAGAACAGUAGGGUACAUUUAUUUCAACUAGUAUUCAAUUCUCCUUAAGAUUUAUUUGGCCUAAAAUCACUCUUUGUAGUCCAGACUCAAACAAUCCUUCUGCCUCAGCCUCUCGGGAAUUAAAGGUAUGCAACAGCAUAGCUUCAGGUUUGGUUUCGUGACUGUAUCCCAAGUUCUUGCAAGCUGUGGUUAUGCAUAUAUAUUUUUUGUUCUUUAUUGUUAUCUAACUAUAGUAUUCCUUUGGCCUUGCCUUCCAUUCCCGAUAAGUCCUUCUUAUCACUGGUCUAUUACUUGGUGGUACUUUCCACUGUUUUUAUUUGAUUUGUCCAUUUUUUUCACUCCUAACAUUUAUGUUUUUCAUCCAAAACACACCUUGCUGAGUUUUGCAUCCACGUCGCUAACUUUGUUCAUCCUGAAUUAUUUUCUUACUUUGUUUGCUUGUGUUCUCUUUGAAGCCAUUAAUUUUACAAGUAAACUUAAUUCUUUUUUUAAACACAGUAUGUAGCCACCACUCCCAACUUAACUUUUAAUUUCACACACACACAUAUUUAAAGAUUAAAAACAAUUAUGUGUAGAUAUGUGUGUCUGCAUGUGAGUGCAGGUGACCACAGAGAGCAAAACAUCACACCCCUGGAGCUUUGAUGGGUGCUGGUAACUGAACUCAGAACCCCUGGAAGAAAAGCAAGUGCUCUUAACCACUCAGCCAUUGCUCUACUCAACUCUGAAUUCUUCCUCCAGUUCUUUACCAGUUUCAGUAUCUUGGAUCUGGCAGUAAAGGUGUUAUGUUCCAUUCAGGGACCACGCUACCUAGUUUUUCAUGUUUGUUAUGAUCUGUGAGUCUGUUGGGACAGAUGUGACCCCAGUAUUCCUAAGGGGGAAAAAAACAUAAACCGUUGAACAACCAACCAACAACAAUAGCAAGUCAAACCAGAUAUAGAAAUGCAUUUAGCGGUGUGGCCCAUGACUUUAAUCCCAGCACCCGGAGGGCAAAAGCAGGCAGAUCUCUAUGAGUUUGAGGUCAGUCUGGUCUACAGAGAGAGUUCUAGGACAUCAAGGGCUGCUAUACAGAGAAAUCCUGUCUCUGGGGAAAAGAGAAAGCACUUUAAAUCUACUGAAGUCAACUAUACCACCAAGAACUGCAGAAAAUAAAUUGCCGAAAAAGAGUGUAACUGGGCGUGGUUAUAUAUGCUUUAAUCCCAGCAGUCAGGAGUUGGAGGUGGGCAGAUCUCAGUUUGAGACCAACCUGCACUGCAUAUCUAGUUCCAGGACAGCCAGGAACACAUAAUAGAGAUAUUGUCUCAAAACAUCAUAAAAUAAUUGGGUAAAGGUUGAAACAAGAAUUGAGUGAAGUAGAGGAAGGAGGCACAGAAAAAAGAAAUUAGAUUCUUUAGUUAAACAAAGAAACAAGAGAAGCUUGUUAGGAAGCAGGAGAGGAGACAGCAAACGAUAAAAUAAACGCACAAUAAAAAAGAGUACAUGAGCAGAAUUAGAAUCAUAAGAAACAACAACAAAAAUCCCUAUACUUUAAAAAACAAGAUCAAGCCGGGCGGUGGUGGCGCACUCGGGAGGCCGAGGCAGGUGGAUCUCUGUGAGUUCGAGGCCAGCCUGGUCUACAGAGCGAGAUCCAGGAAAGGUGCAAAGCUACACAGAGAAACCCUGUCUCGAAGAUCAAACUGGGGGUGGUAUCACAUGCCUCGAUCCCAGCACUUGGUAGUGGCAGGAGGAUCAAGAACUCAGGACCAUCCUCAACUAUGCUACACAACACCUCUCAAAAAUAAAGUAAACUUAUCAGGAGUAUAGAAAACGGGGAAACACAAGGGCCGAGGGAAAGAAAAUGCAGGAAAACGUCCUGGGUUUGGAAUGGAGCCCACUAGACAGGAGAGCAGGCAGUUACCUUGGAGAUUUCCUGUUUUAUGCUGUUUCAACUGGUGCUGAGCCAAGAGUAUUCAAAGGCCAACUGCUCAGCAGAGCCAAUGCUCCUCAGAGACCUCCCUUCUUUGUGUCCUAGGAGAGACUGGAGUCUCAUCCCAUCCCAGACUCCCCCAUUUGGAUACUUCAGGGUGGCUGAUGUCUAAGCCAAGUGUGUUCCCCAGUGACUGAAACAUUUAUCAGAGGACCCAUCUUAGCACUUUCUACUCUCGCUGAGCAUGAAACACUCCUGCAGGAAGGACUCCAUGGAGUGACCUAGAAACCUGCACGGCUGAGGCUGUCCUGGAGUUUACACCACCUGCUGCCUCUGUCCUGGUGCUUCUGCCCUCAGUACCCAGCCCCCUUUCCUACAAAACUGCAUGUGAAAAAAGGGGGGGGGGAGUGACGUCCCUGACCUCUGUCUCAGAGCUGCUAGUGUUGAGUUGCCUUACUCUAAGGAGGGUGGGGCCACCACUGCCAAGCUUCUCAUGGAAUCUGUCCAACCUUCCCCUAAGCCACAACUUAAACAGCCACCCUCCUCCAGGAGCAGAGGCUGGGGAAAUCCGGGGACAAUUGACUGUGAUCAUUUCCUGUUUUCAGGCCCCCAAAGUAUCUCAGUCCCAAGCAAUAUGCCCCUUCCAAGACAGAACCUGCCAGGAUGGACGUCUCAGUUUUGCCUUGUCACACAGGAGUUCUCUCACACAAAAUGCUACAGCUGGACUUAAGUUUAAUCUUGUUCUAGGGCUAGGAGAGACUACCUUCAGAUUAAAAAAAAAUACAUACACAACACACAUAUGUUGUGUGUACCUGUGUAUACACAUGUGCAUUCAUGGUGUGUGGGGAUCAGAAUACAACCUGUAGAAGUCAAUUCUCUCCUCUCACUGUAAGGGUUGAUUGAACUCAGAUCAUCAAGCUUUGGCAGCUAGUGUCUUUUUCCUCUGAGCCAUAUUUGUCAGAAUUGCUGGUCACUCCCUCAGCUGCAUGACCGACCCCACAUGCGCAGUUCAGUAGCCAAGUAAGAGGCCUUACGUCAGCCGGGCGGUGGUGGCGCACGCCUUUAAUCCCAGCACUCAGGAGGCAGAGGCAGGCGGAUCUCUGUGAGUUCGAGGCCAGCCUGGGCUACCAAGUGAGUUCCAGGAAAGGCACAAAGCUACGCAGAGAACCCUGUCUCGAGAAACCAAAAAAAAAAAAAAAAAAAAAAAAAGAGGCCUUACGUCUUAUGUCAUCCGUGGGCUCUGUGGACACUCAAUCUGAGCAUGCGUGGUGUAGCUCAGUAAACCCACAUGUACAUGUGCAGGGAAAUCCUUAAAAAGCCAGUUACAGACCCACCCCCCCACACACAUGUCUUUCACAGGCCUGGUCACUCUCUUCUGUCCCACCCCCCUCCUAAUGAAGCUCUGAUAUUGGGUUUUGUCGUGCCUUGUGACCCUUCCUCACAGAGUAAAAGUGCCACAAUAAAGUAAAACCAACAAUAUUGCUGGCCCAAACUACCCUUUGGGUCUUCAGUCUUCUCUUUCUUCCCGUUCACUGGCUGCAGGUGCGCUGGCAAAGAGACUUUCCAGAGGCAGUGACCUGUAAGCACACUGUUGGGACUGCUACAGCUCUGAGUUUCAACUAGACUCUGUCCCUCCAGAGAUGCUGCUCUGUUUGUGACCCUUUCCACAGGUGCCGAGUUCUGAGAUGGAUCCUCUCUAUAUAGAUGCCAAGUUCAGUGAGUGGAUUCCCUCCUCUAUAAGAGCCAACUUCCGUGAGUGGAUCCCCUCUCCAUACAUUCCUGUUAGUGGAUCUCAAGUCUCUAAGGCCUGGCAUUGGAUCCUAAUGCCCACCCAUAAGAAAAAAAAGACAUAAUACAUGGAGAAAUGAAUUUAUAGUUUUCUUCAAAACUGAUAAAUGCUCUAUAGCUUGUCUAUAGAUUGGAGGAGCCAGAAGCUAGGAGGACACAUAGGGUGGUGGUCUCUCUCCUGGGACACUGGUCUCCCUUGUGUUGUCAGAGCUCCUGCAAGGACCCAUCUUCAUUCCAAGCACAGAACUCUCCUAAUGAGACUGGGUGUGGUGAUUCACAACUGUAAUCCUUGCACUUGGGAGUCUGGAGCAGGAGGAUUGUCACAAAUCCAAGGCCACCUUGAAUUACAUUGUGAAUUACUGGUCAGCACAGGCUUGCUGUAUGAUAUUUUGUGUUCUGCCAAAUAAAGCUUGCCUGAAGAUCAGAGGGCAGAGCCAGCCACUAGUUAACUAUAGAGGCCAGGCCACGGGGGCACACACCUUUAAUCCCAGCACUUGAGAGGAGGAAGCAGGAAGAUCACCCUGGGCUUCACAAGACUGAUCCAGUCUAAAAGAGAAACAGAGCGGGGCGGUGGUGGCUCACACCUUUGAUCCCAGCACUUGGGAUCUCAGGCAUUUGAUCCUAGCAUUUGCGAUCUAAUGCCUUUGAUCUCAGCACAUGGGAUGCUCAUACCUUUAAUGCCAGUACAAUAGGGAGUUGGUGACAGGAUUGCCUCCAUUCAGUCUGAGGAUUCCUAGAGACAGGAUGUCCCCCAUUCAGUCUGAGACUUUGUAGAGGUAAGAAGUCUCUAGUGGCUGCUGCUGUGCUUCUCUGACCUUUCACCUUUCACCCUUGAUAUCUUAUUGUUAAGACUAAUUAGGAUCAUGCUUCAUAGGCUACAGUGUGAGACCUUGUCUCUGUCAGGUCCAAAUUCUGUUCCAAACCCAGAAUUCCUCAGGAACCUAUAAAGCGGUUGGUUCCCCUCUCCCAAAGGAGCCAUUUCCUUAUCAUUGGCAGAAAGGACAAAUGGCCAUCUGUGGUGUCUAACAGCUUACUACAAUAAAUGCUGGCCUCCAGGCUUCCUCAGUAUCCUAAGUACCUGUUACACAUUCAGUCCAUGCUGGCAUCCCAAUUCUUCUCAUCCCAACCCUACCCUAAACUUACCCAGCUCAGAAGCUUGCCUUCCCCCAGCUUCUCAUUGUCCUCACAACCCUACUAUUUCCGCUGUACACAUGCUCUGUCUUCCUGUGUCCUCUUCCCUCUUCAUCUCUUGCUGCUCCACCCCCACCCCACCCCUCAUGGCCAAGUCCAUUCUGCUGGCCAUGUUCAGCCUUCUUUCUCUCUGGAGUCUCCCACAUGCCUCUGCCUGUACCCUUCCUCAUAUCCACAAUACAAACCUUCCCCUCAAUCGUACCUGGGAGCAGACAUGUCAUCAGUUUGUACAGUAUCAAACAAACAAGCUUUCCCCUAGAGAAACAGAAAUUCUUAAAUCUUUCCUGGAGGGUCUUGUCACCUGCCAUUCCACAGCUCUCCCCUGAGAUACAACUCUGUAAAAGUCAGCAGAUGCACACCUAUGACUCAGAGACUCUGCAGCUCCAGUGCAGCUUGAUGCAGAAGACAAAGUUCUAGAGGGUGGGGUUCUUCUCCUUCCUGGGGCCCUAUGACUCACCCAGCUGCAGCCUUUCCUGUCUUUGUGGAGGUGCUUGCACGUCCAGAGGGUAAAAACCCUUCUAGGGACUGUGUGGCGCUGGUUGAGGUAGCCCAGCAGCCAUGAGGCAGGGGCACCUUCCAGGGCCUUUGGACUCCAGGUCUCUCCCCGGAACAGUCUUAUCUACUCUGCUGCAGCUCCAGUUUGCUGACCUUGCUCCCUCUCAGCGCUCUGUAUUUUCCCUGAGCUCAGCAAGAAGUUCCGGGUACUGCUGUGGUUGCUCUCAUCUAAACCCAGAUGUCCUCAGGAUUGGCUGGGAGCCAGCAGGAACAUGAACAGCUUUGUCCCCAUUUGGCCACGCCCCUCCCUUUGCUAGAUGGUGUCAACUGUCCAUUGAUCUACCCUUGUUUUCUACAGGCUAAACCCACAGUCCACGGUGUGUGUGUGUGUGGGGGGGGGUAGUAAUAGAAUUCUGUUGCAAGAAUUCUAAAUGCUAUUAUAAUAAUAAGAAAAACCCUGGUGCCAGAUAUUGGGUAAAUGCUGAAAGAUCAGAAGACAAAGAAACCACUAGAGAAACUUCUCACCACUACCGAAUGCUCAAGCUGAAUGGAAAGUGAGAUGCUGUCUCCACGAAUCCUCUGACUGAAAGCCUCCGAGUCAUCAGCUGAAAAAGCAUCUAGCUCCUGUCUCCUCACGCCUUCUAUGCCUUUCUCUGUCCAGCUACUUCACUUCCUUUCUAGUACUGGGAUUAAUGGUGUCUGUGAUCCCAAAAGCUGGUAGGAAAGGCAUGAGAUCUCAAAUGCUAGGAUUAAAGGUAUGUGCUACUACUGCCUGGCUUCUAUGUUUAAUCUAGUGGCUGGCUCUGUCCUCUGCUCCUCAGGUAAGCUUUAUCUGAUACACAGUACAUCACCACAGAGUUCCGCCCCAUCUCCACCCCCUUCUACUCCCCUUGUUUUUGGAGAGCAGUCAGUCCCAGUACUGAUGCCACUCCCUCCCACUUGGGACCUACAAAAUCUUCAGCUCAAAGUCCAAUUCUGCAUUUCCCAUAUUGCAACACCCACACAAAGAUUCCCACCACUGUGCACCGGGGAGGAGAGGCUCAGAAACUCAGAAUCAGGUGAGUAGCAGAGUGGGGUGGCCACCGUUGCCCUUCCCGGCUACAGGUUCCAGUAUUCUUCCAGGGCCAGCUACUUCCUACACCUUGAUUAGUCUAUCUGACCCCUGCCUGGGCCUCUAGCCUCUCUGUUCUUUCCCCACACAUACUCCACCUCAGAAGAGCUUGUCUGAGGUCCCCCCCCCCCCCACUUUCUUGGCUGGUUUUAGAAUCCUUUUAGUAGAAAAUCUCUCCCUGGCUUGCAACACGCUUAGGAACCAAACUGGUUAUGCUCGUCUCAGAGCAAGAAAUAUCAGGUCUGGACGGUGUGGGGCAUUUCUGAAGGUAACAGAAGCUCAAGGAGGAAAAGGGAGGAGAGACCACCCAUGCGCCAGGGGCCGACCUUCCAGCUGCACAGGGCCAGUGCUCAGUUUCCUGAAACAUGCUGGAAUCUUCCCACAAAAUGUCAAACCCUGUGUUGAUUCUACCUCAGAGUGCUUUAAUGUCUGGACUAUGCUUGGGCACCAGGGACAUGCAAAGUUCUGCAGGAGAGCAGUGAUGUAGCCACAGUAGUGACCUUUGCUGGAGUUAGACUUGCCUCUGAUCCCAGGUCUACCUGCUACCUCAGUGAGCUGUCAGAGCCCCAGGAUCCCAAUCUUAAAGCAAGAAUUCAGCACAGUAUUGUGAACUUGUCCAAAAAGUGAGUCUUACAUUCUGUUCUCAAUGCAGCAACAUGGAGUUGAUGGAGGAUUUCUCCCGUCCACCACUGGUGCCGGUGAAGGGCAUCCCACUCAUCAAAUAUUUUGCAGAGGCUAUUGGGCCAUUGCAGAACUUGACCGUCUGGCCCGAUGACUUGCUUAUCAGCACAUACCCAAAGUCUGGUACUACCUGGAUGAGUGAGAUCCUGGACAUGAUCUACCAGGACGGCAAGCUAGAAAAGUGUCGCCGGGCCCCCAUCUAUGCCCGGGUGCCCUUCCUUGAGUUCAGAUGCCCAGGAGUUCCCUCAGGUCUUGAAUCUUUGGAAGAGACACCAGCCCCCCGGCUCAUUAAGACGCAUCUGCCCCUGUCCUUGCUUCCUCAGAGUCUGCUGGAUCAGAAGAUCAAGGUGAUCUACGUCGCUCGAAAUCCAAAGGAUGUGGCUGUCUCCUACUAUAACUUCUACAACAUGGCCAAGGUGCACCCUGAUCCAGGCACCUGGGAGAGCUUCCUGGAGAAUUUCAUGGACGGGAAAGUGUCCUAUGGGUCGUGGUUCCAGCAUGUGAAGGAGUGGUGGGGACUGACACACACUCACCCUGUUCUCUAUCUCUUCUAUGAAGACAUGAAGGAGCAUCCAGAGAUCCUCUCUAUACUCCAGAACCCCAAACGGGAGAUCAAGAAGGUCCUAGAGUUUUUGGGGCGCUCUCUGCCUGAGGAGACUGUGGAUUUCAUUGUGUAUCACACAUCCUUCAAGAAAAUGAAGGAGAACCCCAUGACUAACUACACCACCAUCCCCUCUGAAAUCAUGGACCAUGGUGUUUCUCCCUUCAUGAGGAAAGGUACCACUGGGGACUGGAAAAACACCUUCACUGUAGCCCAGAAUGAGCGUUUUGAUGCCCAUUACGCUAAGACAAUGAAAGGCUGCAACCUCAAGUUCCGUUGCAUCUGUAAGUGCAUCUGCAUCUGUAUACUGGGAAUAAAGGCAAGCUGACAUAAUUCAUUAUGACCUCAAGACUAAAACAUGACGCAUCCUGCUGUAUUCCUACAGGAAAUCUGAGCUAGGAGAAUGAACAGGACUGAGGACGUGUAUGAACGAAGAUGGUUUUAUCAACGUUGUGUCAGGAAAGCAAUGGAUUUGAGCACUGAAGAGGAACCCAAACACGCAAGAACAGAAGACAAACUGUAUUUUACCUGAAAGAAUAAAUGCCCUGGGAGCUGA